AUGGCGGACGCAACCGAGCAACGAGCUGUCGCGACAGCAUUCGCACCGCCACCGCCAUUGUGGAAGCACUUCACUCGUGAAAACAUCGACAAGCUCGAUCAGAUCAAAAAAGAAGCCUUGAAGAAAGAUGAGGAAGUGGGCUCAAAGGCAAAGCACUGGUCGCCUGCGAAAUUGCGCUCUCUUGAAGUCCCGCCAGAGCUGCGCUUCUUAGUGCCUCCCGAGAUCCCCACAGGAGAAUAUACCGUGUUUGGGGAACCACAGACUGUAUGUCCUGCGCUACAUGUGAAUGUUUUGAUUUAUCUGGGGUCAAACAUACUGAUGCGGGAAAUAUACAAGCUCUCCACCACCCUGCCUUCGUUAAAGGAACAAGGAAUCGAACAGCUAUAUCCCGAACCGGCGACGGAGACCGACCAAGCCUCUUCUCAAACAGCUCAACCCCUCAAUCACGCGUAUUACCUACUCAAAAUCAGCAAAUCACUCUUGUUGAAUUUUCUCGAAUUUGUCGGCAUUCUCGCCGUGUCCCCCGAACAAUAUGAAUCCAAGGUUGAAGAUCUGCGGAAUCUUUUCAUCAAUGCGCAUCACCUGUUGAACCUGUAUCGUCCCCACCAGGCACGCGAAUCGCUCAUCAUGAUGAUGGAGGAACAACUUCGACGUACAAAGGAGGAGAUCACAAAAAUGGAUCAAGUGAAAAUGGAGAUUGAGAGUCUGAUGGACCAGCUGGAGGCCGAGGGGAAAGGUCUCAAUCGGGCUGCGAAGCUUGAGCGAAACCCCGAGACCAGCGCAGAAAGGGAAAUGACGGCGGAGAAUGCGCAAUUGGUAUGGGGCCUCUUGGAAAAGAUCAACUGA